CCUCCGUCCCGCGGCCGCUCCCCGAGUCCACGGCGCGGCGAUGAGCCGGACCCGGGCCGAGGUGGACGCCACGCUGCAGACCGCCAAGCUGGACGCGGCCGAGCUGCUGCCCGCCGUGCACUGCGUGGGCUUCGGCGCCCAGGCCCGCCUCGCCGCGCCCGGGGACUUCUGCCUGCUCGAGCUCGAGCCCGCGCUGUGCCAGCAGCUGGAGGCCGGACUCAGUCUGGUGAUUCGUGGGGAUAAGGAUGAGCAGGCCGUCCUGUGCAGUAAGGACAAAACAUAUGACUUGAAAGUAGCAGAUACGUCCAACAUGUUGCUUUUUAUCCCUGGCUGUAAGACACCUGACCAGCUGAAGAAGGAAGGCGCCCAUGAUAAUAUUAUUCACACCGAGAUCUUUGGUUAUUCCAAUAACUAUUGGGAGUUGAGAAGAUGUCGACCUAAAUUAAAGAAACUAAAGAAACUUUUGAUGGCAAAUGCCUAUGAGGGGCCUGAUGGUCAAAAAGAAAAGGAGUCAAAUCACUCAAAGUAUACAACUAAAGAUUUACUUGAUCAAAUUCAGGCAAGUGAGGAAGAAAUCUUUACCCGACUACAAGUUCUAAAUGCCUGUGAGAUUGGAGGUUACUGGAGGAUCCUCGAAUUCGAUUAUGAAAUGAAGCUUCUGAAUCAUGUAACUCAGCUUGUGGAUUCCGAGUCUUGGUCUUUUAGCAAAGUUCCUUUGAAUGUGUGUCUCCAGGAACUUGGGCCAUUGGAGCCAGAGGAAAUGAUUGAACACUGUCUUAAAUGUUAUGGAAAGAAAUAUAUAGAAGAAGAUAAAGUUUAUUUUGAAUUGAGUGCUGACAAAAUAUGUAGAGCAACAGCCCAAAUGCUACUGCAGAAUGCUGUCAAAUUCAACCUCACUGAGUUUCAAGAAGUAUGGCAACAGAGUGUUCCUGAAGGAAUGGUAACCAGUCUUGAUCAGCUUAAGGGGUUAGCUUUGGUGGAUAGACACUCCAGACCAGAAAUCAUAUUUUUGCUUAAAGUAGAGGAUUUACCUGAGGAUAAUCAGGAACGUUUCAAUAGCCUCUUCUCUGUAAGGGAGAAGUGGACAGAGGAAGAUAUUGCUCCAUAUAUUCAAGAUUUGUGUGGAGAGAAGCAAACCAUAGGCACAUUGCUCACUAAAUAUUCUCGAUCUUCGAUGCAAAAUGGCAUUAAAGUUUAUAAUUCAAGAAGACUUAUAUCUUAAAAGAACAAGUCUUUAUAGAAUUGCUGGCUAUAAGAUUCUUUGGUUUGUUUUACAGACUUUCAAGAGUUUUAAAGCAUUUUCUACUCAUAAACAUU